AUGGACACCCCAAUCUCCGCCGCCUUAGUACGUCAUUCAUCGCCUGAAACUCUAGCGCGGGUCUCCUUCGCUAGAAUCGCUAGCAGAGAGAUUCCUCCUCGCUCGCCCGGGCUUCCUACUCUCUCGGACUCUCUGGCCGUCUCCUCGCUAGCUCUCUCGCUGCUCCAACUCUCACUCGCCCUGACUCUCACAUGCUCGGACUCUCACUCGCCCGAACUCACCCGCCCAGACACUCACUCGCCCGAACUCACCCACCCAGACACUCACUCGCCCGAACUCACCCGCCCAGACACUCACUCGCCCGAACUCACCCACCCAGACACUCACUCGCCCGAACUCACCCGCCCAGACACUCACUCACCCGAACUCACCCACCCAGACACUCACUCGCCCGAACUCACCCGCCCAGACACUCACUCGCCCGAACUCACCCACCCAGACACUCACUCGCCCGAACUCACCCGCCCAGACACUCACUCGCCCGAACUCACCCGCCCAGACACUCACUCGCCCGAACUCACACGCCCAGACACUCACUCGCCCGAACUCACCCACCCAGACACUCACUCGCCCGAACUCACCCGCCCAGACACUCACUCGCCCGAACUCACCCACCCAGACACUCACUCGCCCGAACUCACCCGCCCAGACACUCACUCGCCCGAACUCACCCACCCAGACACUCACUCGCCCGAACUCACCCGCCCAGACACUCACUCGCCCGAACUCACCCGCCCAGACACUCACUCGCCCGAACUCACACGCCCAGACACUCACUCGCCCGAACUCACCCACCCAGACACUCACUCGCCCGAACUCACCCGCCCAGACACUCACUCGCCCGAACUCACCCACCCAGACACUCACUCGCCCGAACUCACCCGCCCAGACACUCACUCGCCCGAACUCACCCACCCAGACACUCACUCGCCCGAACUCACCCACCCAGACACUCACUCGCCCGAACUCACCCGCCCAGACACUCACUCGCCCGAACUCACCCGCCCAGACACUCACUCGCCCGAACUCACACGCCCAGACACUCACUCGCCCGAACUCACCCGCCCAGACACUCACUCGCCCGAACUCACCCGCCCAGACACUCACUCGCCCGAACUCACACGCCCAGACACUCACUCGCCCGAACUCACCCACCCAGACACUCACUCGCCCGAACUCACCCGCCCAGACACUCACUCGCCCGAACUCACCCACCCAGACACUCACUCGCCCGAACUCACCCGCCCAGACACUCACUCGCCCGAACUCACCCACCCAGACACUCACUCGCCCGAACUCACCCGCCCAGACACUCACUCGCCCGAACUCACCCGCCCAGACACUCACUCGCCCGAACUCACACGCCCAGACACUCACUCGCCCGGAAUCUUCUCGCCCGAACUCACCCGCCCAGAUUCUCACUCUUCCGAGCUCUCCUCGUACGAAUUCACACGCCCCGACUCUCACUCGCCCUGA